AUGAGGGCAGGUCCCAAAUACGAACACGUCGACGAUGGCCAGGCAGGAAGCCCGCUGACACUGCCUGGACCACGGCGCCUCCGUCCGUGGUAUGCGGACGGUUUUGGUCUGGGUCGCGUCCUCCUCGACGUUAUCGGCGCAUCGGCCGCCCUCCUCUUCGUCAUUUUUGGAUUCCUCGUUUACCAAGCAGAUGGAAAACCGUCUGCCGCCCGAGAGUCGCAGCGCCUGCUGUCGGUGGCCCAGUGGGGCCCGACUAUCUUCCCGGUGCUGUUUGCAGCCGUCGUCGGUCGGGCAAUGAGAUCCCUAGCCACCUGGCGCAUUCAACGAGGCGCAACGGUCAAAUUCGUCGAGCAGCUCAUGGGCAGUUACAGCAUCUCGGGCGCUGUGUUUACCCAGCUCUUCCUGCACGCCUUCGAUCUCGUGGGCCUGGCCAUCGUCCUGAUCUGGGUGCUGUCCCCCCUGGGCAGCCAGGCCUCGCUGCGAGUCAUCUCACCGGACACCGUGUACCUCACCAACAACACCGCUCUCACGGCCAUCGACACGUUCUCCCGGUAUCCCGAUGCCGGGGUCGACAGCAUAGACUGGUCGUAUAUCCCUCUGAGAGCGAUCUUUUCCGCCGGACUAAUGUCCGUCAAGCUGCUCCAGACACGCAACCAGGAUAUCUGGGGGAAUAUCCGGAUCCCAUAUCUCGGCCACGACGCGGUCAUGUCGGACGACUGGACCGUUUUCGCGAACACCAGCAACGUCACCUAUUCUUCCCUGGUCGGGGUCCCGAUCUUUACCAUCCCCCAGGAGGGCAACACGACCUUUACCAUGUCCACUUCCUACUUGGACCCAAGCUGUUCGGUAUUCGACUUGCGCCCGGCGCUCGACAACGCAACAAACGACGGCUUCACCAACUACUCAUCUCCGGAUGCACCGCGUCCGCCCGGCCGCACCGACUGCUCGUGGGACACCGCCUCCGGAUACUUGGUGUCUGUUGCCGGGUCCCGACCCUGCCAGACUCUCGUCUUUAACUCGACCACCGGACGUGAUGCGCGGGUUCUGGUCCUGGAAUCGUUGAUGGAUUACGUGCCACAGUACAUCAGCCACAUGGAAUGCCAGCUGUUCACCACUCGCACGGGGGUCUUCGAGCUCCGACUGGCGCAGCUCCUGAACACGCAGUUCCUCUCGGCCCUGUCGCCCAAUAACACCAUCGGCUUUUUCGAGCCUGCUGAUCAGUACAGCAACUGGCGGAUGGUCAAUGUCACGGCCCAGACGACCACCUCCCGCAGCGUCGUCCGCUGCAACCACGCCUGGCUCGCGGCGCUGAUCAUCGCCUCGGCGGCAUGCUUUGUCGCUGCCGUCGCGGGGGCUGCCGCACGGCUAGCCACCCUGGUGCCCGACGUGCUGGGCACGCUCUCGCUCGCGAUGCUCGAUAAUCGAUGCGGCGACAUCGCCGUUGGAGGAUCGACCCUCGACGGCGCGACCAAAGCAGCAUUGCUGAAGAAUGUGAGGGUCCGUCUGGGGGAUGUCCGGCCGCAGGAGGAGGUCGGGCUGAUCGCGCUGGCAGGGCCGUUAGGGAGCGAAACCAGUACCAAAGUGGCGAUGAUGGAGGAUGCAACUCACCGGAACAUAAUGCUUUUCUAA